AAAAAUAAUCAAUUCUUAAUUUAAAACGUUUCGAAAUUAAACGAUUUAAGCUCGACUGCUCAAAAAUGGAGCUGAGCCCGAAUUUGAAAAGUAACUUGAACAGCGAAAUGAACGAUUUGGUACAACAAGCAGAAGAAUGGGCUCAAUCUCAACAUCGUUCAGCUUCUCCUGGUGCAUUGAAAGAUCCGAAACUUUGUGCAAUUUACAAAAUGAUUCUACAAAAUUCGGCUCUACUUUUAAUCGAAAAAUCUGGUGUAAAAACUGUGGAAGAGUUUCAAAAAGUAUUCGGACCAAUUAUUGAAGAACAGAAAAACAAAGAAGAUGAGAUUAUCGAAUUUGAGGAAUUCGAGGAAAUUGAGAAAGCCCGAGCAGAACUAGCUUCUCCAACUUCAUUUACAAAAUAUUCGAUGAUGCUCGACGAGCCAUUGUCUGCGUCUCCUUUCAAUCGUCGCCGAACCUCUUUGUUCUCGGAUCUUCAUGUACUGUCACCAAUUGCUUCAGCAUCUAGUGAAUCUUUUGAGAAACCUAAAAGAUUUGCUUCGUCCACUCAACACGCUAAAAAAUCUUUUGUCACAGUGGAAUCUACUAGAACUCCGUGGAGAAGAUCAAACUCGAUGUAUCUGGAAGAUGUGCUCAACAGAACAAUUAAUACGCCACUGAAGUCCCACAGUGCUUCAAGACUGAAUCAUUUGACACCAUCACCUCGUCCUGGAGAAACGCCAUUGGAGAAUCGAGCGAGUAGAUUGAGACGAAUGAAAAUCGAAGAGAAAAUGAAUGAAAACUUCUAAAAUUUCUAAAAAAGAGCCAUAUUAAUGAAUAAAGUAUUGUGUAAAAUAAAA